AUGAAAGACACAGAAGAGGAAUUUACCACGUUAGCUAUCAAAAUAGGUGUAACUGUCGCCAUUUUCCUUCUCAACACUGGUUUGGCCUUGAAAGCCAUCGAGUUGUGUCAAGAAAGUUUGAUUUUAUUAAACAACGGUGAUUUAAGCGCGGACAGUCCAGUUGCCAAAUCAUUUGACGAACGCAUCCGCACCAGAGUGAAAAGGGCGUGGCUCACUCUUUGCAAUUCACCAGGUAUUGAAGAAUACCUCGAGAAACUUUUACUUCACCCUGAAGAGGAAAAGAAAUUUUGUGAAUUAGCAAUAAAUGUCAUGAAAAUGACCGGAAACAGACAAAAAGAAGCAGAGUGUUAUAGAAGACUAGGAGUGCUUCUGUGUUCCUUAAGAGAAUAUAACAAAGGGAAAGAAUAUUUGAAGAUGGCACUCGCUAUCCAAAUAAAAAUUGGCGACAGAAAUGGAGAAGCAACAAGCUACGCGAGAAUUGGAAUACUGUUCAUGUCGCUUGAAAUUGGCGACAGAAGUGGAGAGGCAACAAUCUAUGGGAGCCUCGGAACACUGUUCCAGUCGCUUGGCAAAUACGACAAGGCCCGAGAAUACCUGGAGAAAGCUCUCGCUAUCCAAAUAGAAAAUGGCGACAGACAUGGAGAGGCAGCAAUCUAUGGGAACCUCGGAAUAGUGUUCCAACGGCUUGGCAAAUACGACAAGGCCCGAGAAUCCCUGGAGAAAGCUCUCGCUAUCCAAAUAGAAAAUGGCGACAGACAUGGAGAGGCAACAAGCUACACGAACCUCGGAAUAGUGUUGAUAUUGCUUGGCAAAUACGACAAGGCCCAACAAUACCUGGAGAAAGCUCUCGCUAUCCAAAUAGAAAUUGGCGACAGAAAUGGAGAGGCAACAAACUACACGAACCUCGGAACAGUGUUCCAGUCGCUUGACAAAUACGACAAGGCCCGAGAAUACCUGGAGAAAGCUCUCGCUAUCCAAAUAGAAAUUGGCGACAGAAAUGGAGAGGCAACAAGCUACACGAACCUCGGAACAGUGUUCCAGUCGCUUGACAAAUACGACAAGGCCCGAGAAUACCUGGAGAAAGCUCUCGCUAUCCAAAUAGAAAAUGGCGACAGACAUGGAGAGGCAACAAGCUACACGAACCUCGCAACCCUGUUCCAGUCGCUUGGCAAAUACGACAAGGCCCGAGAAUACCUGGAGAAAGCUCUCGCUAUCCAAAUAGAAAUUGGCGACAGUCAUGGAGAGGCAAAAAGCUACGGGGGCCUCGGAACAGUCUUCCAAUCACUUGGCAAAUACGAAAAGGCCCGAGAAUACCUGGAGAAAGCUCUCGCUAUCCAAAUAGAAAUUGGCCACAGAAAUGGAGAGGCAAAAAGCUACGCAAACAUUGGAAUACUGUUCAUGUCGCUUUACAAAUAUGACAAGGCCCGAGAAUACCUGGAGAAAGCUCUCUCUAUCAAAAUAGAAAAUGGCGACAGAAAUGGAGAGGCAACAAGCUACACGAACCUCGGAACAGUGUUCAUAUCGCUUGGCAAAUACGACAAGGCCCGAGAAUACCUGGAGAAAGCUCUCGCUAUCAAAAUAGAAAUUGGCGACAGAAAUGGAGAGGCAACAGGCUACACGAACCUCGGAACACUGUUGGAAUCGCUUGGCAAAUACGACAAGGCCCGAGAAUACCUGGAGAAAGCUCUCGCUAUCAAAAUAGAAAAUGGCGACAGACAUGGCGAGGCAACAAUCUAUGGGAGCCUCGGAAAAGUGUUCCAGUCGCUUAGCAAAUACGACAAGGCCCGAGAAUACCUAGAAAAAGCUCUCGCUAUUCAAAUAGAAACUGGUGACAGAAAUGGAGAGGCAGCAAGCUACGGGGGCCUCGGAACAGUCUUCCAAUCGCUUGGCAAAUACGACAAGGCCCGAGAAUACCUGGAGAAAGCUCUCGCUAUCCAAAUAGAAAUUGGCGACAGAAAUGGAGAGGCAGGAAGCUACGGGGGCCUCGGAACAGUGUUUAUAUCACUUGGCAAAUAUGACCAGGCCCGAGAAUACCUGGAGAAAGCUCUCGCUAUCCGAAUAGAAACUGGCGACAGAAAUGGAGAGGCCAGAAGCUACGUGAACCUCGGAACACUGUUCGAAUCGCUUGGCAAAUAUGACAAGGCCCGAGAAUACCUGGAGAAAGCUCUCGCUAUCCAAAUAGAAAUUGGCGACAGAAAUGGAGAGGCAACAAGCUACGGGGGCCUCGGAACAGUCUUCCAAUCGCUUGGCAAAUACGACAAGGCCCGAGAAUACCUGGAGAAAGCUCUCGCUAUCAAAAUAGAAACUGGCGACAGACAUGGCAAGGCAACAAUCUAUGGGAGCCUCGAAAAAGUGUUCCAGUCGCUUAGCAAAUACGACAAGGCCCGAGAAUACCUAGAGAGAGCUCUCGCUAUUCAAAUAGAAACUGGCGACAGAAAUGGAGAGGCAGCAAGCUACGGGGGCCUCGGAACAGUCUUCCAAUCGCUUGGCAAAUACGACAAGGCCCGAGAAUAUCUGGAGAAAGCUCUCGCUAUCCAAAUAAAAAUUGGCGACAGAAAUGGAGAGGCAGAAAGCUACGGGAGCCUCGGAACAGUGUUUAUAUCGCUUGGCAAAUAUGACCAGGCCCGAGAAUACCUGGAGAAAGCUCUCGCUAUCCGAAUAGAAACUGGCGACAGAAAUGGAGAGGCCAGAAGCUACGUGAACCUUGGAGCACUGUUCUUAUUGCUUAGCAAAUACGACAAGGCCCGAGAAUACCUGGAGAAAGCUCUCGCUAUCCGAAUAGAAACUGGCGACAGAAAUGGAGAGGCCAGAAGCUACGUGAACCUCGGAGCACUGUUCGCAUUGCUUAGCAAAUACGACAAGGCCCGAGAAUACCUGGAGAAAGCUCUCGCUAUCCAAAUAGAAAUUGGCGACAGAAAUGGAGAGGCAAAAAGCUACGGGGGCUUCGGAACAGUCUUCCAAUCGCUUGGCAAAUACGACAAGGCCCGAGAAUACCUGGAGAAAGCUCUCGCUAUCAAAAUAGAAAUUGGUGACAGAAAUGGAGAGGCAAUAAUCUACAGGAACCUCGGAACAGUCUUCCAAUCGCUUGGCAAAUACGACGAGGCCCGACAAUACCUGGAGAAAGCUCUCGCUAUCAAAAUAGAAAUUGGUGACAGAAAUGGAGAGGCAACAAGCUACGAAAACCUCGGAACAGAGUUCAUACUGCUUGGCAAAUGUGACAAGGCCCGAGAAUACCUGGAGAAAGCUCUCGCUAUCCAAAUAGAAAUUGGCGACAGAAAUGGAGAGGCAGCAAGCUACCGGGGCCUCAGAACAGUCUUCCAAUCGCUUGGCAAAUACGACAAGGCCCGAGAAUACCUGGAGAAAGCUCUCGCUAUCCAAAUAGAAAUUGGCGACAGAAAUGGAGAGGCAGCAAGCUACCGGGGCCUCAGAACAGUCUUCCAAUCGCUUGGCAAAUACGACAAGGCCCGAGAAUACCUGGAGAAAGCUCUCGCUGUCCAAAUAGAAAUUGGCGACAGAAAUGGAGAGGCAGCAAGCUACGGGGGCCUCGGAACAGUCUUCCAAUCGCUUGGCAAAUACGACAAGGCCCGAGAAUACCUGGAGAAAGCUCUCGCUAUCCAAAUAGAAAUUGGUGACAGAAAUGGAGAGGCAACAAUCUACAGGAACCUCGGAACAGUCUUCCAAUCGCUUGGCAAAUACGACGAGGCCCGAAAAUACCUGGAGAAAGCUCUCGCUAUUCAAAUAGAAACUGGCGACAGAAAUGGAGAGGCAGCAAGCUACGGGGGCCUCGGAAGAGUCUUCCAAUCGCUUGAAAUUGGCAACAGAAGUGGAGAAGCAACAAUCCACGGGGGCCUCGGACCACUGUUCAUAUCGCUUGGCAAAUAUGACAAGGCCCAAGAAUACUUGGAGAAAGCUCUCGCUAUCCAAAUAGAAACUGGCGACAUAAAUGGAGAGGCCAGAAGCUACAUGAACCUUGGAGCACUGUUCGCAUUGCUUAGCAAAUACGACAAGGCCCGAGAAUCCCUGGAGAAAGCUCUCGCUAUCCAAAUAGAAAAUGGCGACAGUCAUGGAGAGGCAAUAAGCUACUCGAGCCUCGGAGCACUGUUGACAUCGCUUGGUAAUUAUGACAGGGCCCGAGAAUACUUGGAGAAAGCCCUACAUAUUUUCAGGAGAAUUGGCAAUAGAGAAGGAGAGGUAGGCACUUUAGGAAACCUUGCAUCUUUGUUUCUGUACCUCGGUAAAUAUUUGAAGGCUAACGAUAUUUCGGAGAGGUUGAACGCGAUUUCGAGGGAAAUCGACUUAAAAGAAGGACAAGCAGGGCAUUUCGAAUGCCUUGGGAUAAUUUCUCAUAAGCGUGGUGAGUACGACAAUGCUCUAGAAUAUUACAAGAAAGCCCUUGAAAUUUACAUGGAUAUUGGCAUAAAAGAAGGUGUUGCUGUCAGUUACGCAGAUAUAGCAUUGUGUUUCCGAUCGCUCGGUAAAUAUGACAUGGCCGAGGAAUACCUUAAGAAGGCUCUCCUACUAAGCAGGGAUAUUGGAGACACCUUACUUGAGUUUAAAUGCCUUCUUGGUCUAACGGUGUUGAAGGUAUCACAAUUUGAUCUUAAAGAAGCCUUUUCGUUUCUUUUCCAAAGCAUUGAAAUGUUUGACACUUUGCGAGGAUCUCUUAAAGACAACGAUGAGUUUAAAACAUCACUUUUGGAGAGGCACGGCGUCUUUCCCUACGAGUUACUCAGUUGUUUGCUUUCUUCCGAGGCAAAGCCACAAGACGCCCUCUAUGUCGAGGAGCUGAGACGGGCGAGGGGCUUAGCCGACUUGAUGGCAGCUAGGUACUCUGUUGUAGAGCAGAUCUCAGGCGAUCCAAAAUCAUGGUAUGGGAUUCAAAAUAUUGUCGCAAAGGAAACUGACUGUGCAUGCCUCUACAUUUCUGUUGGAGAAAAGUAUAUGCGCUACUGGAUUCUCAAAGCAACAGGGGCUGUUCUCUUUUCAGAUGAGGAAGUGAGCCUGGACAAAAACGUGGUGACCGGAUUAGUCCCUCCCUUGGAUGAGUUUUUUACGGAAAGCUUUCGUGGCCUUGGCAUUUUACCCCAACAGAAUUGCGAAGAUCGAUCUCUAGAUGACACUGAAUCGGUGUCACUUGACCAUGAAAAUCACCCGCUCUGGCGCGAUUGUGAUGACAAAGGUAUCAAGACAAAUCUUCACUUGUGCUACAAGAUAAUCAUCGCUCCUGUGGCUGCUUUACUGAAGGAGCCCGAAAUUAUCAUUGUCCCUGAUUCCUGUAUGUACCAGGUACCAUUUGCGGCUUUAACUGACGAUGGAGGAAACUUUGUAUCAGAGACAUUCAGGUUACGCAUCGUUCCCUCUUUGACGACUCUCAAGCAUAUUCAGGACAGUCCCCCACAUUAUCACAGUCAAACAGGUGCACUGAUAGUGGGUGACCCUCGGGUUGGAGAGGUGAUUUACAAGGGAAGACGCAUGAAUAUAACACGAUUGCCAUGUGCAAGAAAGGAAGCAGAGAUGAUUGGAAGACUUCUUGGUGUGACACCUUUGAUUGGAGAUCGCGCGACAAAGCAGGCUGUACUUCAAGCAAUACAUUCAGUUAGUCUGAUCCAUCUAGCUGCUCAUGGUGAUGCUGAAAGAGGAGAGAUUGUCCUUUCCCCAGAGUGUCCCGCUGACUAUGUUCCACGAGAAGACGCCUACCUCUUGACUAUGGCGGACAUUUCACGAAUUAAGCUGCAAGCUAAACUGGUUGUGCUUAGCUGCUGUCACAGUGCACGUGGACAGAUUAAAGCCGAGGGAGUUAUUGGAAUCGCUCGAGCGUUCUUAGGAUCCGGUGCUCGCUCAGUGUUAGCGGCACGGUGGGCUUUAGAUGACACAGCCACAGAGAAGUUCAUGACUUGUUUCUACGAGCACUUGUUCCGCGGUGAAAGCGCCAGUGAAUCUCUUCACGAGGCCAGGAAAUGGAUGAGAAACAAUGGCUUUGUGGAAGUCUCCAAGUGGGCUUCUUUUAUGCUGAUUGGCGACAACGUGACAUUUGAUUUUGCAAAUUGGCCUGUGUCUACUUCAACCAAAUAG